AUGCUUUCUCAGACAAACCACUCCACAUCACACCCUAUAACUACCGAAAAUUCUAUCACAAUUCUUUAUGGAAGUCAAACGGGCAAUGCUCAGAUGUUAGCUAAAUUGCUUACUCUUCAGUUAUAUCGGAUUUUCGAUCUGGAGUGUGUCAAGUCUAAUUUAAAACAUCCUCCUAUUAUUCAUUUACUAUCACUGGAUGACUAUACGCCUGUAUCACGGCUUGCGAAGGAGAAAGGAGUAGUGAUAUUCGUUUGUUCCACUACAGGUCAUGGUGUUCCUCCGGAUAACAUGUCACUAUUUUGGAAAAAAAUAAUGAAUCGUGCUUUGAUUCCAGGUCGUUCGCUUCCACCAGAUUUACAUUUUGCUGUCCUUGGACUUGGUGAUUCUUCUUAUCCUAUGUUCAACGUUGUCGCUAAAAAGCUUUAUCGUCGUCUACUUCAACUUGGUGCUACUCCACUUUGCUCUGAAAUUGGAAGUGGUUCAGAAUGUGAAGAAAGUGAAAAUUUAAGCCUUGGAUUAGCUGAUGAACAGUCCGAGUUAGGUAUAAAUGAGGUCUUGCGCUUUUGGAUUCCAACCCUUUGGCAUAAUGUUAUGAAGUUCUUUGGCAUUCCGAUUUCAGAACAACUAUCUCAGUUUUUCAGUUGGAAAAACAUGAACAAUCCCGAUUUUGUGUUUAAUUUAUGGCCUAAAUAUGAUGUGAUUUGUUCCUGCUCAGUACCGAAGCCCAGUUCCCAAUCCAAAAGUGAGAGUAAUUUACUCUAUCAGCUUAUCGAGCAAGUCGAAUUCGACAAUGAACAUUCGUUUCUGUCUAACCCAACCCCAAUUAAUGCUCAAUGGUUCCAGGUGGUACGUUCUAAACGUGUUACCAGUGCAGACCAUUUCCAGGAUACACGGCUUGUUGAAUUGUCUUAUAAAUCCAAUGUUGAUUUAAAAUCGAAUGAAUUUCGACCUGGUUCUGUGAUUUAUGUUCAACCUACAAAUCGUAAAGAAGAUAUUUUAUCUCUAUUUCAACUAACCAAUUUGAAUCCAACUGAACGUGUAAAAAUUACUCAAUCUUAUCGAAAUUUCCCGUUACCUAACCUACUUAGAUCAUUGAAAGAAAAUGACUGUGAUAUAUCUAUUGCUUGGCUUGUUACAUAUUAUUUUGAUUUGAAUGCAACUCCACCACAGUAUUUCUUUGUGAAUUAUUGUGCUUUUGCUGUUCAUUGUUUGAAACUUUUAAAAAAUCCAGAUGGAUCAGAACAUAUUGACAAAGAUCGUUUGAAGCUGGAAGUUGAUCGAUUAACUGAUCUAGCUUUUGCUGAAAGUUCUGAUGAUAUUGAUGAUUUAUAUGAUUAUGUUUUCCGUCCUUGUCGACGUGUGAUUGAAGUACUCGCGGAUUUUCCAGUUAUAUCAAGUCUUUUAACAUCACAGUAUCUAUUUGAUAUACUACCUGGACCGAUUCGUGCACGACCUUAUUCAGUGGCAUCUCCACCACCACGAAUUGAAUUACUUGUUGCUUUGGUUAAUUAUCGUACACGUUUAUCAACACCGCGUAUUGGAACAGCUUCAAAUUAUUUAGCUUCUUUAAACCCUGGAGAUUGUUUUAGUGGAUGGCUUGGUACUGUGUCCGGUGGUUUCAACUUCGAUAGACUUUUGACAUUUCCACCUCCUUCUUGUUUACUUAUUGCCACCGGCACUGGUAUUGCACCGUUUCACAGUUUUUUGUUACAUCAACAUAAUUGUUUCAAAUCACAUUUAAAUCGUGAUAUGUUUCCAACUAAUGUAUUAUUUUUUGGUUGCCGUUAUUCUACCAAAGAUUAUUAUUUUGCUUCAGAUUUUCAAAUGUUAGAAAAAGACGGUUGGCUUAAAAUUAUUCCAGCAUUUUCACGUGAAAAAAAUACAUCCACACAAUCGUCAUCAUCACGACGUCAGUAUGUUCAAGAUCAGUUGAAAAGCUAUCCGGAUAUUGUUUGGUCUAUACUUAAAUCUUCACAAAGUCAUGUAUUUAUUGUAGGCAAUCAAAAAACUAUGCCUGAUGAAGUACGUGAAGCGUUAGUGUCUGCUAUUGUCAGUGAAAAUCAUAUGAAUUCCAGUGAUGCUGAACUUUUCUUAGAUCAAAUGGAAGCCGAUAAUCGUAUACAGAUUGAAUCUUGGGCAUAA